CAAACGACAUUACGGUAAAAUUCCCCAUUCAGCCAUUCUCACAUCCAUCUCCUAAAAACGACAACAAACACUUGCUCCCACGCCUUGGUUUCCGCUUUUAACCGCAACAAAACGCAACGCAACGCCAAAACCAAAAUGGAAGUUUCAGAGAGGAACAAACACCAUUACAUUCUCUCAGUAUUCAUCAUCCUCUUAGCUUUCAUCUUCGACAAUGCUCACUGUAUCCGGUUCCCGGAUCGGGUCGCCCAACCCGCCCGAGACCAAACCGAUCAACACCACUUGCAAACGGCCGUUUUCGCUCUCGGAAGUUUCUGGAGAUCCGAAGCUGUGUUCGGUUGCUUACCUGGCGUUGUUAGGACCACUGUUGGGUAUGCUGGCGGAUCUAAACCUAAUCCUGAAUAUCGAAGCUUCGGUGAUCACGCUGAAUGCGUCCAGGUUGAGUAUGAUCCACGGGUAAUUAGUUUUAGGGAACUACUUGAUAUUUUUUGGUCAAGCCAUGAUCCCAGGCAGGUGUAUGGCCAAGGUCCUGAUGUGGGUAAUCAGUACAGAUCUAUUAUUUUUGUUAACGGAACUGAAGAAUCACGAAUGGCUUCGGUCAGCAAAGAACAGGAGCAAACCAGGUCAAGAAGCAGCAUUGUAACUACUCUAAUUAUUCAACUUGGAACAUUUCAUCCUGCAGAGUCAGAGCACCAGAAAUUUGAACUGAAGCAAAAUACCUUCCUUCUUCAGUUAAUUGGGAACCUGCCUGAAGAGGAGCUCGAGAGCUCAAGCCUGGCAACGAAAUUGAAUGGAUAUGUUGCUGAGCUUUGCCCUCCGAAUAUCCAAAAGCAUAUUGAUGCAAAGAUCAAUGAGAUUAUAAAAAAGGGUUGGCCCAUUUUAAGGGAAUUGUAAUUGGCCUUUAGGGUGAAGUUGAUCAUAUUCAUAUUGUCAUUCUUUAGCCAUUGUGCUCGCAAUGUAUCUAUAGGUUUGGUUCAAGAGCUUGUAAUGUAUCAGUUGCACAACCCAAAAUACCAGAAGGAGAAUCAAGCAUAUGAUUUUAUCAUGGCCAGAAUAUUACUAUACUAUUUUCUUGUAAUUAUUGUAACUGAUUGAACACAGAGUCCCACUCAUCCCAUGAAAAAGCAACAUUUCUCA